AGCCCGGAGGAAAACCGGAGCGGGCCGAGAGCGGAGAGUCAGUGGAGUAGUGAGAGUCAGAGGAGACAACACCAGUCCGCUCUGCGCUCCGUGGAUAUUUCUACACGCUAUUCCCACGCAGAGGACGUUUCCACACAGCCACCAGAGCUCGCCCUCUAAACGCUGUGGUUCUCCUCAGUGCUCCAGGGUUCAUCCCAGCUCCGUCGCUCUGCAGCGAUUCCUCCCCUCCCGCCACAAACAUGGACGGAUUCUACGACCAGCAGGUCCCCUUCAUGGUCCCGCCCAGCAACAAGUCCCGGCUGGACGAAGCUCCUCUGAGGCCUCUGAAGAGGAAGUUCGUGGACACGGAGCUCGCCCAGGACACCGAAGAACUCUUCCAGGACCUCAGCCAGCUGCAGGAGAUCUGGAUCGCUGAAGCUCAGGUUCCCGACGACGAACAGUUUGUUCCAGAUUUCCAGUCGGACAGCUUGAUGUUUCAUGGCCCGCCGCCCUCCAAGAUCAAGCGAGAGCUUCCUCCUUCCAAAGAUCUGUCUCCCUGCCGUCAGGACCGAAGUCCCAUGAACUACGGGGAGAAGUGCCUUUACAGCUACAGUGCCUGCGACAGGAAGCCCGGCUCUGGGUUCAAGCCAUUAACUCCGCCCUCCACGCCGGUCUCCCCCUGCGUUGCCACGGUGACGCACCCCCUGAGCGAGCAGACUCUGCCCCCACACCCCCAUGUAGCCAAUCAGAGCGCGGGGCCACAUCAGGUGCAUGUUCAGCAGCCAACCACAGCGAGCGGCGGCCAGAACCUCCAGCAGAACCUCCAGCAGAACCUCCAGCAGAACCUCCAGCAGAACCUCCAGCAGGUCCACAGCCCGCUGUUCGCCGUGCCCGGCCCCCCCGCCAGCCAGGAUGGAGGCAGCUUCACACCUGAGCACAGGUUCCAGAGGCAGAUGUCAGAACCUUGCCUUCCCUUCCCGCCCUCCGACGCCCCGGUCCGUCCCCACUUCCUGCCCCCCAGCGGCGGCCUGUCCCGGGACGGCCGGCCCCCGUACCACCGGCAGAUGUCGGAGCCUCUGGUUGGACCUCCUCAGGGCUUCAAGCAGGAGCUGGUGGACCCUCGGUACAGUGAGCAGGGCGUCCCGGCCAUGGGCCCCCCGGGUCCGGUGGGACCCCCGGGUCCGGUCCCCCAGCGCCAGGCCAGCUUCAUGAGCAUCAAGCAGGAGCCCAGAGACUUCUGCUUCGACUCCGAAGUGCCUAACUGUCAGUCAUCCUUCGGCAGGGGGCGGGGCUUCUACCACAACAGCCACGACAGUUUCUCCUUCGACAGAGAAGCUCAGCUCUACUUUGACGACACAUGUGUGGUUCCUGAGAGGCUAGAAGCUAAAGUGAAACAGGAAGUGUCGGUGUUCCGGGACGGACCUCCCUACCAGCGCCGUGGUUCUCUGCAGCUCUGGCAGUUCCUGGUCACCCUGCUGGACGACCCGGCUAACGGACACUUCAUCUCCUGGACGGGCCGCGGGAUGGAGUUCAAGCUGAUCGAGCCGGAGGAGGUGGCCCGUCGCUGGGGGAUCCAGAAGAACCGACCAGCCAUGAACUACGACAAGCUGAGCCGCUCGCUGCGCUACUACUAUGAGAAGGGCAUCAUGCAGAAGGUAAAGGUUGCCGGGGAGCGGUAUGUUUAUAAGUUCGUCUGCGACCCGGAGGCUCUGUUCUCCAUGGCUUUCCCCGACAACCAGCGGCCCAACCUAAAGGCCGACCCGGACGGCCUGCCGGGUCCGGACGGCCUGCCAGGCCUGGACGACGACACGGUGCCGCUGACCCACUACGACGACGGCGCCCCCUACCUGCUGGAGGGCGGAGAGCCAUGCGGCGCCGGGCUGCCGUUCCCCGACGGAUACGGACACUGAGACCGACUCUCCAGAAAUUUAAACCCAGAAUCUGAGCCGCUCGGUUCUGAUCGUGGAAACCCAAAAACUCUGUUGGCUCCACGGCGAUGAAGGAGAGAAAGAAAAGGACUGGCACGAAGACGCUGUUGUCGUGGAGACCCAACGAAGCCACACCCACCUCUGUCCGGUGCUGGUUCUGGUUCUGAGACAAUCUGCUUUUCGUAAACAAUCGUUACACCCUGAAUGCAGCACGGUUCUGUUGCCUUCAUUCUUUCUGUUCUCCUAAAGAUCCGUAAAAAGGGCUUUAAAUUCGCAUCAACACAAGGCUUGACCAGAACCGCUCGACCCGCUUGGUUUUCUGUAGAUAGAACUUUUAUAAAGCUGGUUCUGGACCCGGACCUCUCAGGGUUCUGGGGCGUCACUGUUCUUCAGACUCUGUGUAAAUGUUCUCUAAUGUUCUGCUCAUGUUCCGGGUCGAUCUGUUUCCUCUGGAGUCGCUGCAGCAGAACUGGUCCGGUCCGGAUCCUACAGAGUCUAACCCAGACGAGGUUCUGUAGAUCCUGCAGACUCUGGUUCUGAUUCAGACGAGGUUCUGUAGAUCAUGCAGACUGAUUCUAACCCAUACGAGGUUCUGUAGAUCCUACAGACUCUGGGUCUGGUUCAGAUGAGGUUCUGUAGAUCCUGCAGACCCAGACGAGGUUCUGGUUCUGACCCAGACUGCUUCUGUUCUCUGCUCUGUGUUUUUUUGUAUUUCUGUGAUGCUCCAGUUUGGCCGGAGCAUUGGGACGCUGCAUGAACCAGAACCGGGUCGGAUCGGACUCUUUGCAUGGUUCCCUCACAUAUCGCUGUCUGUGGACCGACCAGAACUUAGUGAUUUUCUUUGGUUGUUGUGUUUGUUUUGUAUCUGAAGAUAAAGUCUAUUUUUGCUAUGAGGCUGGUUCUGUUCUGUAAGGUUCUGCCUCUGGUUCUGAUGGAUCUGGUCUGUACAGGCUUCGGUUCCCCUCCUGUGUUUCUACUGCUGACUUCUUGUGUACUGGGUCCAAUAAACGGUCCUGAACGCUC